AUGGAUUCGAGCAAUGCACGCCGUGAUCAACGCGACGCGGUGGAGCCGGACUCGUCACUUGGGGGUGAAAGUCCCCAGAUGCGCCCGCACGGAGACAAACGCCUGCCGAACGCGCAAGCCCGCACGGCCGCGCUCCAGGCCACGCUCGCCGAUCUGACCGCGCGGCGCGCCGACGUGCUUAAAGAAUUGACGGCCAUUCCCUCUGUGGCUGCAAAACUCCCCUCCCACGCGGCUGCCACGAAUCCCACCGCCAAGUCCGAGGCUGACGCCAAUGCCGAAAAGGAUGCCGCGGUCCAGGCUGCAAAGGACAUCGUCCAGCAGCACAUCCGCCGUCUGCAAAACUACAACGAAAUGCGCGACAUUGGCCAAGGCUUGAUGGGCAUCAUCGCCGAGUCCAGGGGCGUAAGGAUCAAAGAAGUCCAAGAGGAGUUUGACAUUUCCGCCAACGACUGA